GCCUCGAACGCGCUGCCGAGGCUGAAGCAGAGCCCAGGAGCUCCCCCGGACCUGCCAGCUGCUGCAGGAGGAGUGAGAAGGACCCCACCUCGAGUACUGCUCCCCCCGAGACUAUUCUUGCCCGAUGUUCACACAGAUACGCAGACACAGGCCCAGUGAGGUCAGCUCAUUUUCCUGAGAGGCUCUGGCAGCGGCGUGUACCUCGUGUGCGGUGCCCAGCUCUCCGUGCAUGCAUUUCGCCAGCCGGGCAGCAAACGAAGUGGUGCUGUCGGGGCGGCGGCGGAGGAGGAGGCGGAGGACAGCACGGAUGAUGGACGCGUCCCCGAGAUAGCCGCCGCCAUGAGCCAGCCGCCUGCAGGGGGCGCCGCCGCCGAGCCGCGCCUGCAUCCCGAGGGCAGCAGCGGCAGGAAGCAGCCGCGAGCAUCCUCGCCGGCCCGGGCCCGCGACACCGCCCCGCGCCCGCCGCCGGCCGCCGCCGCCUCCCGCGCCCCGCCCGCCGCCGCCGCCGCCGCCAAAGCCGCCUCGGCGCGGCCGCUACAGGGCCAGGCCCCCCGAGCCGCCCGCGGUCGUGCCGCCGACAGACCGCCGCGGGGAGCUGUCCAGCCCGGCGCCGGUGCUGAACCCCCUCCCGCCGCCGCCGCCGCCGCCGCCGGGAGAGGAGCCGCCGCCGAGGAGCCGCUGCCGCCGCCCGGCGCCGCCGAGGAGGCGCCCCCUGCAGGGGCCGGCGGGGGCGAGCGGGAGGGGGCGGCGGCGCCGCCGCCCAAGCAGUGGCGGGGGAAAGCGGGGCGGUCCCCGCUGAAGGGCGCGGGGGAGGCGGCCCCGGCGCCUCCAUCUUCCUCGGGUGCGGGGAAGGGCCGCGGUGCGGCGGCGGGCGGCGGCGGGUACUGGAAGGAGGGAUGCCUGCAAAGUGAGCUCAUCCAGUUCCACCUCAGGAAAGGGCUGGCGGCGGCCGCCCAGAUGCAAACCAAGGUCAGCAAUCACAGCGGCAGCAGCGGCAGUGCUUCCUCCGCCGCCUCCGCGGCCGCCGCCCCAGCCGAGCCUCCCCCGGCCGCCUCCGCCUCCUCGCCCGCUGCCAUGGCGGCGGCCGGGGCGGAGGGGCUGCGACAGGGCGAGGCGGGAGGCGACGGCAGGAGCGGCGGCCCCGAAGGCGCCCUGAGCCCGCAGCUACAGGAGGAGAUGCAGGAAGAGAUGGAGAAGCUGCGGGAGGAGAACGAGAGCCUCAAGAAUGAGAUAGAUGAGCUGAGAACAGAGAUGGACGAGAUGAGGGACAGUUUCUUUGAGGAGGAUGCUUGUCAGCUUCAAGAAAUGCGCCACGAACUGGAGCGAGCCAACAAGAACUGCCGGAUCCUUCAGUACCGGCUGCGCAAGGCUGAGCGCAAGAGGCUUCGCUAUGCCCAGACUGGCGAGAUUGACAACGAGCUCAUACGCAGCAUGGAGCAGGACCUCAAGGUUGCAAAAGAUGUAUCAGUGAGACUUCAUCAUGAGUUAGAAAAUGUGGAAGAAAAACGUACUAUAACAGAAGACGAAAAUGAAAAAUUAAGACAGCAGCUUAUAGAAGUUGAAAUUGCCAAACAAGCACUACAGAAUGAACUGGAAAAAAUGAAAGAGCAAUCACUGAAAAGGAGAGGGAGCAAAGACCUUCCAAAAUCAGAAAAAAAGUCACAGCAGACACCAACAGAGGAGGACAAUGAAGACCUGAAAUGCCAGCUACAGUUUGUCAAAGAAGAAGCAGCCUUGAUGAGGAAGAAAAUGGCUAAAAUAGAUAAAGAGAAAGACAGAUUUGAACAUGAGCUGCAAAAAUACAGAUCAUUUUAUGGGGAUUUGGACAGUCCCUUGCCAAAAGGUGAAGCAGGUGGGCCACCUACCACAAGAGAAGCUGAACUCAAGCUUCGACUGAGACUUGUUGAGGAGGAAGCUAACAUUCUUGGGAGGAAAAUAGUGGAACUAGAAGUAGAAAAUAGAGGACUGAAAGCGGAGCUUGAUGAUUUAAGAGGAGAUGAUUUCUCAGGGACCACUAACCCACUCCUGGGAGAGCAGAGUGAAUCCCUGUCAGAAUUGCGGCAGCAUCUGCAGUUGGUAGAAGAUGAAACAGAAUUGCUGAGGAGAAAUGUAGCUGAUUUGGAAGAACAAAACAAGCGCAUAACAGCUGAGCUGAACAAAUACAAGUACAAGUCUGGGGCCCAUGAGAGCUCUAGGCACCAUGACAAUGCCAAGACAGAAGCAUUACAGGAGGAGCUAAAAGCUGCACGAAUGCAGAUCAACGAGCUGAGUGGCAAAGUCAUGCAACUCCAGUAUGAGAACAGAGUCUUAAUGUCCAACAUGCAGCGCUAUGACUUGGCCUCUCAUCUUGGGAUCCGUGGCAGUCCUAGAGACAGUGACGCGGAAAGUGAUGCAGGAAAAAAGGAGAGCGAUGAUGAUUCCCGCCCUCCUCACCGCAAAAGGGAAGGCCCCAUAGGUGGGGAAAGUGACUCUGAAGAGGUGCGCAACAUUCGAUGCCUGACACCCACGAGGUCUUUUUAUCCAACACCAUCUGGGUGGCAGAAAAGCUUCACUGACAGGCAGCAGAUGAAGGACAUUCGCUCUGAAGCUGAGCGGCUGGGCAAGACAAUAGAUCGCCUAAUUUCUGACACGAGCACCAUCAUAACAGAGGCACGAAUUUAUGUAGCUAAUGGUGAUCUCUUUGGACUCAUGGAUGAGGAAGACGAUGGCAGCAGAAUACGUGAGCAUGAGCUUCUUUACCGCAUCAAUGCGCAGAUGAAGGCCUUCAGGAAAGAGCUCCAGGCUUUCAUUGACAGACUCGAAGUUCCAAAGUCUUCGGACGAUCGAAGUGCAGAUGAACCUUUGUCAGUGAGUCAGAUGUUCCAGCCUAUCAUUUUACUUAUUCUCAUCCUUGUAUUAUUUUCAUCCCUUUCAUACACAACAAUAUUUAAACUUGUCUUCCUUUUUACACUGUUUUUUGUACUGUAAGCCAUUCAUCAUUUACUGUUCAUUGUAGUGUUAUUUUCAGUUUGUUUAUUUUGUCCACCCUCCAAGAUAAGAAGUGAAAGAGACAUAGUUUUUGUAAUAACCACUGCUGUAAAAACACUGAAGACUACUUGUUUGCCAAAACCAAAAAAAAACCAAAAAAGCUGCAAAAACCAUACCAAAAAGUCACCCAGUUGAAUAGGAAACCUGCUCACCACAGUGUUCCAGAUCAAGAUUCACAGAACUGGACCCCUGCUAGCUAUGUGUUUCAUUGCUUUCACUGCUGCUUAGAAAUGGACAGAGAAUCUUCUAAAGGAUUUCUUAUUCCAUGAAAGGAAACAUUCAGAGAAGAAAGAAAAAAAGCAGAGCUCUCUUUGCUGUUGCACAGACUGUAACCAUGGACCUGCGUAAACAACUGGAGAAUACUGAGAGGAACUGGAAUAAAGAGAAGAUGGAAUUGCUGGAGAGAUUUGACAAUGAAAGGAAAGAAUGGGAAUGUCAAUGGAAGAUCAUGCAGAAGAAAAUAGAAGAGCUCUACCAGGAGGUAAGACUUAGAAGGGAGAGCAAUAUGAAUGUCCGUGAUAACAAUGCCAUUCAGAGCAAGAUGCUGCAGCUGUCUAUGUAUUCCCCUACUUUGCAAGAGAGUGACACAGUGGAGCUGAACUUUCAACACAAUAUGGAAAAUGACAGAAUGGAAAAAGGGAGUUUGCUCGGUAAAACAGGACACGAAUGUAAAGAAACCAGAGCCAAGAGCAGAAACAAUACUCUGUUAAUGGACAAUCUGGCCUUUGAGAACCAUGAGGAACUUGAAGACAGCCACAGCACCACACCUUCCAAGAAAAAUACCAAGAAUUAUAUUGGUGAUCUCAAUGUAGCUCUUAAAGAACUUGCCAGAGUCAGUGAAGAAUUAUGCAGCUAUCAAGAAGAAAUUCGAAAGAGGUCCAACCACAGAAGAAUGAAGUCACUUCCUUUCCUGGGGGAAUUUGAGGAAACCCAAAACACGGUUAUUCUGCCUGAGAUGAACCAUGUGUCCAGCGAUGAAUCACAGACUUCAGUUGCUUUUGAAACAGAGGAACACAACAAUAGGAAGAAUCUGAUGAGCUCCACCAAGGCUUUGAAGGACAUGUCUUAUGGUGGUCUUACUGGUGACAUAGGAACAGACUUCAGACCUUGGCAAAGGAAAGAAGCUCCACCAGUUCCUCCACGGAGCACUUCUCGGCACCUAACAAACUCUCUUUCUACAGUUGUACAGCUUUCUGAAGCACCAAUAAGAGACUCAGGCAUCAAAAGCAAUUGCAAGGUUCAGGACUGUUGGAGUGGAGGGAAACUGAGGAAUUCUUCACCUGUAAACAAGAAUGAAUCUGCAGCAGCCUGUGCAAAUGAAGGGCAGGCUGUGAAAGUUCCUGUGAUGGUAACUGCUGCAGUACCUGUAACCAAAAAUGAGUGCAAAGUUCCAACAAGUUUCUGCCACAACACAUGGGCAUAUGAUGUGGUCAAACUUGGGAAAGACAACAGAAGCGAGCCUUUCCAACUGUCAGCCCAAAAAAGUUGUUCAGAUGGAAAUAUGGCCCAAAGGAACAAGAUGCACCAGAAACAAAACCCCAAGUCUCACAGCAGCCCUUUUUACAGUAAUGACUUUUGUACCCCUGCUACCCUGCACAACGACCUUUUGGAAGACACCAGAUAUACUUUGGGAAAGACCCAAAGAAAUGAAAUGUUAGCAGCAAAGAUCGAUGAGUUUAAUCGGACUGUAUUUCACACAGAUAAACAUAACAAUGCUCUGCAACAAAACCAGGUGCCUCAAACAGCAUCAGAAGAUCACAAACCCUGUGGGCCACUGUGUGACUCUGCUACUAGCAGGACAGACACUGUAAAUACAUCUUGUAUUUCAAAUCCCAAACUCUCUGUAGCCAAGGAGCAAGAAGCUAGCAACCCCAGCAAAGCUGUCAGGACAGCAGGGCAACAAAAACAAAUGAAUGGACUUCCAAAUACUAGUGGUUAUAGGCACAUGCUCCAGGAGCAUGACUGGAGACCAAGUAAUUUAUCCGGUCGCCCGCGUUCAGCUGACUCAAGGUCGAACUAUGGUGUUGUUGAAAAGCUUUUGAAAACCUAUGAAAAAUCAACAGUGACUUCUCCGUGUAAUGCAAAAUGCUGCAAAGAUAAGUGGACGCAGGCAAAUUCUGAAUUCACUGAUGGGGGUUGCGAGAAACUGAGUCAGUAUUUAGAAAUGCUCCAGAUUGAGCAAGAAAAGCAAGAAUUUCCGAGGAAUUCAGCCAAGCAUAUUGGGCAGCAACUCAAGCAAGGAAAAGAGAGACAGAAGUUACCAGAGAUCUGUGUGCCAGCUAAAUGUUCAAGUGAGAAGGGUUUUUCCCGUCCUGCUCGGCCAGCAAAUCGACGCUUACCUUCCAGAUGGGCAUCUAGAUCCCCCUCAGCACCACCUGCUGUGAGAAGAACGGUGUACAACUGCUCUGUCUCCUUUCGGUCAGAGACCUCAGUAGUCUGAACCCAGAGCUGGGUUGGAUGGUGUUGUGAAAGCUCUACGCCUCAUUAUAACUGUGUUUGGUAUGUGUCAUAGCAACCAGUUCUACACUAUUGUAUUUUGUCCAAGAGUGACCCCCACCACGUGCUGGACAAAGCAUUCUGAAUCUUAGGUCAUCAUCACCGUGGUCUUCAGUGUUUUUAUUGAGAUGAAAUAACUAUACCCCUGGUUUUAUCUGGGUUUUUUUUGGUAGUAGUUCACAAGGAAUUUAUUUUGAAUGGCAUCUUCCUUAAUUUGCCAAUCAGUUUUGAGUCGAAACAAUGUAUAGUGCUGUAUAUUCUGACUCUUCUGCAAACAGCAGAACGUAAAGCUGUAUGCAUGAUCAUGUGUUUGUAGGUGCAUGUGUUGGACUAGGAAGUAUACAGGCCUGUACUUAGAAGAGACAAACUGUGCUAGUGUUGACAUUGAAAUUGCAACCUAUAUGCCUACGUAUAUAUAUACUUCAUGUUUAUUUUAAAAAGUUUGAAAUAUACAGUCCUGAUGACAUUUAUAUUUUGUAUAUCUUUUACAUAGGUUCACAGGCGUAGUAUUUAAUGUAAAAAAUACUUAAAUAUUCAUUUUUUGUGACUGAUUGCAGCGAUAAUGCCUUGCACAAUAUGUAUCUGAAGCAGACUAGCUCGACUGAUUUGUCAGUCAUGCUUCAUGGCAUACUCGUUCGGUUUCCUAACCCUUAUGCUAGGUCAAAAUACCCAAACAUAUUUUUUUCUGAAUUAAAAUAUUAUAUGAUUUGUAAUACAUUAGCCUUUUUCAGCACCAGAGACAUUUCUGAAAUGUUCCAAUCCCUUUAAAAAGCUUAAAUGUGCCAUUUUAUAUAUAGCAUACUGUAAACACUUUGGUAAUUUCAACUACUGUAACAUACAAUUUAUGAAGGGAAGAAAAGGGUUAUAUAUGCUCAAUUCUGUAAAACUUAUUUUUCCUUCUAGCAUUAUACUUUGAGGUUUGGCAAAGUCAAAUAACAAUGGACUUGUUUACUUUCACUCAAGGCAGGAGAACAAACACCGCUGUACCCAGUGCUGCAGCCACACUCCUCUUUUACUCUUCUCCUAGACUAGAGUGCCUGAGCCACUUGCUCGUUUACUGCUCCCCGACUGACUCGUGGCAGUCAGUUACAAAGUUUACUUGCACUCUGGCAACAAGCUGCAUCUAGUACGGAAAUACUGCAUCGAGGUAUGAUCACAAUUGUGCCCAAAAUCGUAGACAUGUGGCAUUGCAAGUAUGUUUUUGCCAUCACUUGACCUGGUAUUAUGGGCCAUCUGAAUGACAUGCACAGAGCCUGGCUUGUUCCUUCCCACAGUGUGAGAGAAACAUGGAUGCUUCUCACACUCUGAACUUUCAGAAAGACAGUGUCUGUUAUCCUGGAAUUUUUGCACCCUUUGUUAGGCUGUUGCUGGAUGCAUAGUGCAGUAAUGAUGAUAAAUGUUACCUUUAAGUAGCAUGUCUAGGUUAAAAGGAGUAAAGAGGCACUUCUUCAACAUCAGCCUGAUCUUGUCUUACAACUUUUCUUCUCCUGGAGAAACAUAGGAUGUUCAAAGGAAUUUUAAAAAUCAUCCCGGUACCCAUUAAUGUGCACAUCUUAUGUGAAUGUAAAAAGGAUUUCAGAGAGAGUGUAGGCUUUUGUCCUAGUGAAUUGUAUAUGUGGCAAUAUAGGGAAAAUUAAUUGUGCUUAAUUUGGUAGUGAUCUGUUGUCCUAUUCCAGUCAUGUUGAGAAUUCAUGCCUUUUUCCUUCCUUUUAGGACCUUAUUGUUCUUUCCUCUACACAGCUUUGAUUUUGAAGAGAGAGAAAACAGGAGGCCAUGUGUUCUGAGCAAUAUAGCCUGUAUGGUAGCAUUGGUAACUGUUUGGGCUUGCCAAUAUUAGAACAAGCAGGCAUUAGAGUGCUAAAUCCCACCUUGUCAUGCCAUUGUGGCUGUCUGCUUGGCAAAACCAUGCCCAGAGUAAUUUGCCCUAUCUAGACUUCUGGUCCUUUCUAAGUCUAUCUCACUACAAUAUAUGAAGACUUCAAGCCAAUCAACAAUUCAUCAAAAUUUACUCAGACAUUGCAAAGUUCUUGCUGGAAGAGAUACAAGGACAGAAAAUCUUGAGGAAAAUUUAUACGGUUUGGAUGGAGACAAAAGUCUGUGUGCUUAAGUGAAAAAUCAAGACUUCUCUAAAUUUGCCUGCUUGGCCUAAUUUAGACAUUGCAUUCCAUUAACUUCCUUAGCCCUAAAAAAAUUAGAGAUGAUUCACAGUGAAUUUGGAACAUGGCUUAAUAUUCUAACUGGAAAUUAGCAAACCAAAAUGCCUUGAAAAUUGACCUUUUAAUGCCUAAGUAGCUGACCAGCUUUAAAUGCCUAAGGCCGAGGAAAGAGUAAUAUGAAAGAAUUGUAAAAAAAUAUGGUUCUUUAUUUCAGUCAGAGAUGACUGCAAUAACACUCUUUAAAUUACCUCUAAGGUAAAGUUAAGCAGUUUUGUUCUGAAAAAUAGUGGUGCACUUUUGUUUGAAGUAUUUAACUAUGAAAGCAUUUCCCUUGAUUAGUCAGUGAAGGUGUUUCUUUUGUUCCCUUCAGUUUCUUUGGUUGCCUUUGACAUAGACCACAUUGUUGAAUAACAGAGAAAGGAUCAAAUAUCGACAACAUUCCCUGAUGUAUGUAAGUUUAAUGAACAGAAGGUUUUUGAAAUAAACUAAUAGGUCAAGUGCAAGUUCAUUUUGUCAAGGUUUUCUGUGUCCGCCUAAUUACAGACAUUGAUUCUGAUGCCCAAAAGUAUCAAAACUGGUGAUUUUGGUUUGCAGGUGGCUAGUUGGACAUACUAAUUUUAAAAAGUUGCUGCUGUCACUGUUUAAAUAUUUCUUUCAGCUUCACUCAUAACAGGGCCAGUGGACUGUGGUAAUUUUUCUAGUUCCCAUAACUGUGAUUACUGAACCACAGUAAUGGCUUUAUUCACUUAUUUGCUUAAGGGGAAGAGCUCCGUUAGGCUCCAUUCCCCUGUAUUAUUUCUGAAAAGGAAAUCUACACAUACACACACAUUCAUGCAAGAAACAUAAAUGAUCUAAGUAUAACUUGACCUUCCUAUUAAUCCUAGUGUCACCUAUGGAAGUGGCGAGUUUUGUAAGCCUGUCUUUAAAAUUGGUUUUUAAUAUUAUUCCUCCAUAUGCUGUCUGAAGUCUUAAUGCAGAUAUAUGUUUUUCUUACUUGCACUCCGAAUGAGUCUAAAACUCUCUUUAUUGCAUGCUUGUGGGCCUUAGUAACUCUCUGCAGACACAGUCAGCUGCCCAUUGAAAUAGGGAUGCCACUAGGAAUCAGCUGGCUGGUAAUCAGUUGACAGAAAGCAUCAUUCUCCUUCAUGCUGAGAGAUGGAGCCAUAAUUGUUCCUUGAAACCGUUUUAGGGAGGAACAUGGCACAUAGAGUAGAAUAAUUUAGACCUUAUAUGCACAUCUACAGAGCAGGCCACCUGGAGGCUUUAAAACUGGCCUGACUCAGCCUCUGCUAGAGGCAGAAGGAGUAGAGAAAAAGAAUUUCCUUUAAACCCCCUCGGUAUCAUUCCUCAAACUCAGAGUACAUUUCCACUAGUGUUUUGUCUUUACGGUGUGAGAGACUUCUUGUGUAUCUUUAAAAUGUUGCUGAAGAGAUGAACUCUGCUUGUUCUUCACCAACAACAGAAUUGUCUUUCACUAUUACACACACUGUAAGGGAGUUGGCUGUUAUGUAUAGGAAAGAAUUGGCAAUCAGUGUAAUAUAAUUUUCCAGAGCAUUCAGAAUACCUGUCUAUUUCUCCAGUUGUCCAUUUAAAAAAUUGUUUCUGUAAAUAGGGAUUUUAUAUCCAAAUGGCUUCAACAGCAUUUUAGCAAAGAUCUACAGCAAUACAGAAGGCAGGACAUUUCCCUUACAGUUUUGUUAUUUCUGGACUAAAUUUCCUAGCAUGCAAGAACUUAUGCAAUUCUCACAGUGCUGCUAAUGCAAAGAAUUUCUUUGGCUUUGAGAUAUGUAACAUACAAACUCUAGCCAUUAAACUGCUGAUAUUCUCUAUUGGACUCGUCUGUAAUGGUGAAUUUGGUUGUGUUCAUGCUCUUUAAACUGAAAGGUGGAAUGCAUUUGCUCUAAAUGUGCUAAUCAAAGCCCCUUGUUGCCUCUCUGAUCUUUCCACCCCUUCUCAGUUUCCAGUGGAUGUGUAUUUUUAGGUGGUUUAUUGCCAUUGGUCUGUAUGUAUAUGUCAUCCCAUAGGACUUUCUGUCUGUACUGCAGCCAAAAUAUUUUUUUGGACAGCCUGUUCUAAAAAGGUCUGAUAUUACUACUGCCAUUCACAAAUACAUUAGAUCUUGAUCUAUUGUUUUGCAUCACUGAAAACGCACUUUCUUCAUCAACUGUUAGUGGCAUAUAUUACACAAAACUUUGUUUUUUGAAGUUAUAUUUAAGCUGCUUUUGAAGUUUGAUUCUACCCCUCCCCCUUGCAUCUUUUGUAUUUGCAAAGUGCUUGCAUCAGCAGAGACAUCUUUCUGAUGUGUAGAGUUGAUGCAGUUGCUGUGUGGCUGUGGGAGCUCAUACCUAAGGGAGCCUUGCUAACUAUGUUACUCUAAAAAGUAUUGUAUCAGAAUUUCCAUGGGGUAAGAGAGAUUGAACCUUCAACAUGAUCAGAGUGAAAGUGUGGUUUAUGCCUUUUCUCUAGUACCUGCAGUCUGCAAUAUUUCUGUUUAAGGGUCCAGAGUUUGUUUCCUCCUAGUGGUGCAUGUCUGUGUGUGUAUGGCCAAGAUGCACAGAAAAAUGACACUAUAGGGGAGUCCAUACGUCUUACACUUUUAAAUCAGAUUAUCUAAUGUGUAAGCCCAAAAUAUUCCACUCUAUUGCAUGAGAUAAUAGUACCCUGUACUACAGAGUAGAUUUGAUCCCAAUAUGAAUUGGGGGAAGAGAGCAGACACUGCACAGAUAGGCCUAAAGUAUAUAAUACAAACAACUAAGCUGUGCUGGCUGAUGUUAAGGGGUGAGCUAAUGGGAUGAGGUGACUAAUCACCUCAUUAAAGCCAGAGGUUCUUUAAUACUAGGUCUCAGUGGAUACAUAGACUUCUGCUAACCUGCUAAUGUGUCACAGGGAUUGUAAUGCUGAGAAGCCUGAUUUUGAAUGCUCUUCCACCUAGAGGGAUGCUACUUGCCUGUGGCAGAUGUGCCUACAAAGUCUUUUGCCAGUGCCCCUUAAAAUUCCCUAAGUUAGUUUACUGCAGCUAGAAGAAUUUCUAAAUCAUAUUCACAGUAGAAAAGGACUUUCAUUAAAGAAAAUUGCAUUCAUAUGUGAACUCUGUGAACAUGACCACUGCCAACUGUCAUGGUGACACAGAAAAUCAGACUGAGUUUUACUGCUAUAUCAUGAGAUAUCUGCAGCAGGUCAACUGUUCUGGUACCGUAUAUGAUGUAGAGCUGCUUAAGAUAUUGUUGGAAGUGCACCACAGACAGAUAUGUGUGUACAUACGGUCUGCUUGUUUCUUUGCAGAAUCUUUCUAGUUUCCACAAAGAUAUUCUGUUUGUUUUGGGAGUUUGGGAAUUUUUUUCUCCAAAUUUACCUGAAAGCAAUUGAGCUACCCAAGUUAUUGCUGAUAAGAAGUCUCACAGGUGUUCUUCCGAAACCAAAAUAUCUACUCAGAGAAGUAGCUGGCUACCAAAGGAGGUAAGAUGGUAAGAUCUAAGUUGAACAAGCCAGUUCACAAACUGGCUCAUAUGCUGUUACAUGUCUGUGUACACACACACACACACACACACAUCUUAGGAACUUAUCCUCCAGGAAAUCCCACAUGUCCAAGGCAGCUGGUUUUGCCAUAUGACACUAUUUACUGCAUAUAGGAGUACCAUAGUCACACACAUAGUACAUACAGAAAAAUGAUGUCUAAUACUGUAUGUAAACAGACUCCUCCCAAAGAAUGGUGCUGAAAUGCUUUACAUUAAAAACAGCAUGUGACUUAAUGAGAUCCAGUAGUUUUUGAAAUCCCACUUUCAUAUAAGUAAAUGCAAUCAAAUCUUCUAAUGAAAGAAACAUGCUUAUGCAUGUCACUUCUUCCUUCCAAAUAUUGCAAGCCUGCCUUAUAGCUCUGAUCCUAAUUUUGUCUCAUGUACUGCAGGGAAAAAAAAAAAAAGAA